GACUUCCGGUCUCCGAGCAGCUUUUGUCCGUGUUAGCUAACGACUUCGAUUAAACUUUACCUUCAGGAUGGGAUGUGACGGUGGUACGAUCCCCAAAAGACACGAGCUCGUGAAAGGACCCAAGAAAGUCGAAAAGGCCGAUAAAAAUGCUGAAUUGGCAGCCAAGUGGAAGCAUUGCGCCCUGAGCCAGGAGAAACUCAGACGUCCCAUCGUUUCCUGUGAACUGGGAAAGCUCUAUAACAAAGAUGCGAUCAUUGAAUACCUUCUCGACAAGUCUGCUGAGAGGCCCAACACUGAGGCUGUUGCACAUAUCCGUGGGACAAGGGAUAUUAAGGAACUCAACCUCACCGAUAACCCUGAAUGGGAGGGGGAGAGAAGAAAUGCUAAAGGAGACAAAUAUGAGGACGUCCACUGCGGCAUGUUCAUUUGCCCUGUCGUCGGGCUGGAGAUGAAUGGAAGGCACAGAUUCUGUUACCUGCAGACGUGUGGCUGUGUCUUUUCUGACAGAGCUCUGAAGGAGGUCCAGACAGAAAUCUGCCACAAGUGUGGGGAUCCGUUCACAAAUGCGGACAUCGUCGUGCUCAACGGCACUAAGGAAGAGGUGGAGAAGCUAAAGGAGAAGAUGGAAGAGAGACGGGCUAAAACCAAGACAAAGAAGUCAAAGAAGAGCAAAGCAGCUGAGACUGUGUCCACACCAUCAGAAGCUUCUCAGUCUCCACCCGUGGAUGUAGCAGGAAGCAGCUCAAGUCAAAACGGUAGUGAGAAAAGUGAGCCAGCUGAGGCCGAGCCCUCCGGAUCCUCCAAAGGCAUCAAACCGUCGACGGCCUCGGCCACCAAGAGGUCCAUCCAGAGCAUGGAGGGGAAAUCAGAGGCGUUUAAAUCCCUGUUCACCACCCACAGCUCAGCUAAGCGCACCAAAGAGCAGACGUCCAACUGGGUCACCCACACCCCCUACCACUUCUAAUAGCUGCUGCUCCCACUGAGGCCCCUCAUUUUUAGAUCGCUCCCAUUUAAAGAUAUAAAAAAAAAAAAAAAAGCAAAACCCAAUUUUCAAUUGAACGAGAUACUAGAUAGAUUUUAGUUCAA